GAGGACGUGGCGAGCAUGGCGGCAUGUAAGGCUGAUUUGCAGGGGAACUAUAUUUCAUGGAAUGCUGGAUGGGACCUGCAUAACGCGGAGUCGUUAAAUGUUUCACUUGGACAUUUCUGUGAAGAAGAGACGGAUUCCGUGUACUUCUGGUUCCCAGACGUGCCCUACGUGACCAGCAACUACUUGUGUGAGAGUCUCGGAACCCAUUUACCUCUGCCAAAGACCAUCCAGGAGGCUGAAUCAUGGCUUACCCGCGGCACAGAAAUGGUCGGUAACAAUACUCGUUGCAAUAAAGAGCUGAUUGUGGCUGCAAACGAUAUCAAGCAUGAAGGGAAGUGGGUGAAGCCAUUCAAUGGUCAGGAAAUUGAUCAUAAAAACUUCGCGUGGAAAGACGGUGAACCCAACGGUCUCAUGUACGAAAACUGUGCCCAAAUCGAAACUGGGGGCGUUGCUGACAUAGACUGCAUCACGAGGGUGCAGUGCGCCGUGUGUGAGUUUAAAACUCGGCAGGUCUUCUCUUUACGCGGUACAUGUGAAUUCGAACUGAGAAACAUCAACUUUCUGGCAUAUCAGUAUGUAGCAGGAGAUAUCAUUUUCAAAGGAUACGGCAAUUAUCAAAUUGAGAGGAAUAAAAAUGGCACAUGGGUUUGGCAAAACGUAGUUGAUGGCUACACGAUCGCUACAAUGGUUUUCAGCGAACCCAACAACUACCCAAUGGGUCGACGAGAAUGGAAUUUGCUGAAGCCCAUUUGUGGUCAGAAGGAGGGGCGCAGAAUGCUGUUGCUCACCCCGUGUGCGGAUCACGAGUACAGCUGCAGCGACGCCACUUGCAUUCCCAGAGACCUGAGGUGCGAUUUGAAGUACGACUGCGUCGACAGAAGCGACGAGGCUGAAUGCGAUCUGGUUGUGUUACCCGAUGAUUACCGCGAUGAUUUACCGCCUAGAGGUAGCCCAAGCAUCAGUUCUGGAGAUCAAGUCACUGAUUUGUCGUGUAGUCCCUCAGUCAAUGCAACUGCGACGUCCUCAACCAACAAUAGUACAGGAAUUAAAUCGAAUACUCAAGAGAAAAAUUCUCAAGCCCUAGGCACGUGCAUGGAGACAGACAAGGAUGAUUCGCGUCUUCCGGUGACGUUGUCGAUCAAUAUCGAAACCAUGGACAUCGACACCACCAAAAUGACUCUGCAAGCAACCUACACGUUAGCUAUGAGCUGGCGUGAUGCGCGACUCUUAUUUCUUAACAUCAAAGGAAACGAUAGCUUGAACAGGCUGUCGUACGCCACUAUGGUGAAUCUGUGGCACCCUUAUGUUGGCUACGUCAACACCGACGGCAAUCAACAUACGGAUGUUGAUGAAGAGGCUACGCUGCUUAUCAUCAGAGAAAAUGAACCUUCUUAUGACGACGACGCCGCCCCAGGAGAAGUAUCGGUGUACCAGGGCUCGGACAACCCCCUGGAAGUUUCCCGCAAGUAUAGUACGGAGUUCAAAUGCGACUUCGACCUUGUGCUUUAUCCCUUCGAUUCGCAGUCUUGCGAUUUAUACUUACGUCUCUUGUCAGCUUCUCAAGAUUACCUUUACUUUGACACUCAGUCUGCGUCAGCGCAGUACGAGGGAAACUCUCUCCUCAUUGAGUACCAGGUCUCUCCUCCUCUGGUAGUAGCAGUAAGCAGUAAGCACCACAGUGAAAUGAAAAUUAGGAUUCCUUUGAGCCGCCAGUAUGGGUACGCAAUACUCAACAUCUACACCCCCUCACUCAUACUCAUCGUCAUCAGUUACCUUUCACUGUUCUUCAAGCCGCGCAUCUUCGAGGUGCGCGUCAUGACGGCCCUGACGGCGCUGCUCGUCGUCGCCACGCUCUUCACGCAGGUCUCUUCAUCGCUGCCCAAAACAUCUUAUUUCAAGAUGGUGGACGUCUGGCUACUCUUCUGCAUCGGUAUAAUUUUCGUCAUCAUCAUCUUCCAUUCUGUCAUUGACAGCUACUUAACGGAUAGAGAAGAGCUUCUGUACGACGAAACACCAACUAUAUUCACCAGAGUCACACCAAAAAUGAUAGACCGAAGUGGAUUCAAAGACGAAAAACGUAGAGUCGAAAAACUAAUUUUCUGGUCAAAAAUUGGAAGUCUGGGCUUGUUCCUUCUAUUUAACGCCUUUUACUGGGGCUUCAUUUUGACUUGAACAAAUCGCGAAGAGAUUUACUGUUUCGCCAUAAUACGUAUGUAGUUCCACAUUGCACAUAAUUCUUCACCAUGCUGCACUGUUGCUAUCACUGUUGUGUGUUGUACUCAUGACUGUCUUAUCAGCAUGCUAUUCUGUAGCUAUUGAUGCUGUAUGCUGUACUCAUUAAUUAAUCAACUUGUUAUGGUCGGAUAUUUCGUAGCGAUGUGUAACUAAAAAAUUUUUGCCUCGCACGUCGUUCCUGUAAACGCUGAGUUAAUCAUGUAAUUUUUAUAAAACAAUGUCGUAAUACUUUGAAUUGCGCGAUUGUGAUCGAAGUGCUAUGAAGACUGGCAAUGUCCUGGGAACCGGCAUAAAUGGAUCUUCUUGAAGCUAAGUAUUCACUCUCAUGUAUAAUUCCACGUUACAGUUCUCACUCCAGCACACAUGAAGCAAUUGUCAUUGUAUUCUUUGGAGGUGAUUACGUAAACAACUACCUUUAUAUAUAUUCAUUUGUUACUAAAAUUUCCAUAUUCACUGCUUUAUUGGGAAGUAUUAAUAUUGCUUGCUUGUCGUCGUAAAAUCUUUCAAAGUCGGAAUGAUACAUUAUAAGUGUAAAAUAUUUGUAUUUUGUGAAAUCAUAUUGUAAAAUCAUACCUAUUGCAUCUGCAACGUUGGAUUUUACUUGCGUUGGCGGUUCUUCAGUACCGGCAUAAAUAAAAAGUUCCCUUGUUCAUAGAAUGUAAUGCAGAAUUCUUGUGCAUAGUUCGAUUUUUUAACACUCUUAACAUGAUUUAAUUAAAAUGAAAACGAUAUAGUUUUGGGUCAAGUUAAAUGACGAGAUUACAUUUUCAAACAGUGCGUUAAUAAAAUCUCUACUGUGUUUUCACGAGUCACUCCGACAAUUUACCUGCACUACAAGUUUACAUUUGAGGACAUCUUUUGUGCUUGAUUAAUAAGCCAGCCCACACCGUAAUAAGACAGACCACACCGUAAUAAGCCAGACCACACCGUAAUAAGACAGACCACACCGUAAUAAG